GACCUUCAAGCUUCUCAGAAAAAUGUCGCAGCUAAUCACCGGCAACAGCAUCCCGCUGAGUGAAGUCUACUGGUCUCUCGUCAACAAAGCCGACAAAAAAUUCUCCAAGAUCAGAGACUUGCCUUUCUACGAACGCAGCAGGUACGAAAACUAUUUCUUCAAGGUGUUCAAAGUCUACACACAGCUCUGGAAGUUUCAGCAAGAGAAUCGCCAGAAGCUUGUGGAAGCCGGGCUCAAGAGAUGGGAGAUCGGAGAGAUCGCGUCUCGAAUCGCGCAGCUUUACUAUGGGCAUUACAUGCGUACGAGCGAUGCUGGCUACUUGGCCGAGUCCUAUGUGUUCUACGAAGCGAUUUUGACGAGAGAGUACUUUAAAGAUGGAUUGUUUCAGGAUCUGAAUAUCGCGAACAAGCAGCUGAGGUUUCUUGCGAGGUUUCUUAUGGUGUGUUUGGUGCUAGGCCGUAGGGAGAUGGUGCAUCAGCUUGUUGAGCAGUUUAGGCGGUUGAUUGAUGAAUGCAAGAGGACGUUCCAGGAAAAUGAUUUUAAAGAAUGGAAGGUGGUGGCGCAGGAGAUAGUUAGAUUUCUGAAAUCUGACACUGCUUUCAUGAACAUCAGGCCUCUAAGAUACAGCCUUGUGCUGGAUCCUAAUCUGGAUGCUAGUACACCGCGUGCAAGUAGGUCUUUAAGGCUGACGGAUGCAAUCUUGAGCAGUUAUCACUACAAUGAGGUCAAGUAUUCAGAGCUCACGCUUGAUUCGUUCAGGAUGCUUCAGUGCUUAGAGUGGGAACCGAGCGGUUCCUUAUAUCAAUCAGCUGGUCCUAAAAUGGGUCCGAAUGCUCCCACCGGAGCUUCUCGUGUAAACUCUCAGAGCAUGACUGAUCCUACUUUGCCGCCUAACCCUCGCAAAGCUGUCCUUUAUCGUCCAUCCAUAACACAUUUCUUGGCUCUUUUGGCAACCAUUUGCGAGGAGCUUCCUUCUAAUGGCGUAGUUCUAAUAUAUCUCUCUGCUUCUGGAAAGAUUGGACAUACUUCAUUAUCUCCUUUGGGUGGUAGAAGUGUAACUAGCGUUGAGGAGAAUAUUUUGAGAGACUUCGAGUCUCAUACAAUCAAACAAGACGGAGACCCAUCAGUUCAAACAAAGCCAUCUGGUGAAAGAAUCAGUGAGGAUGCAGUGGAGCAUGGUUUGUCUUUUGGUAGUCACGGACUCACAGGACCAAGCUGCAUCUAUCCUUCUGAUUUAGUUCCAUUCACGAGGAAACCUCUUUUCAUAAUUAUUGACAGUGAUAACAGCACAGCUUUUAAAAAUAUUUGUGGGGCGGAGAAAGGAGAACCAGCCGCAUUGCUUCUGUCUCCAUCACAUACUCCCCCACUUAUAUCUGCUGAUUUCUCUCGUCAACCUAGUGGUAGCCUUUUCACUAUUUUUCUCACUGCACCAGUGCAAGCAUUUUGCUUGCUAAUCGGGAUUUCAGGCUCUGAUAUAGAAACGGAUGUUUUGACUAAGGCCGAGAGGGUUCUUUCCUCGUCUAUGAAUGAAUUGGCUUCGACUUUGGCAGCAUCGGAUACCCUUCACCCCGUUUGGUCGCAGAUACUAAAAGAUCCCUUCUUGAGACGACUUCUCUUAAGAUUCAUAUUCUGCCGAGCUGUCUUGGCACUGUACACUCCAGUCUUCAAUAACAAACAAAAUCAACCAGAAUGCUUUCCGUCUCUCCCGGAAUUCUUAUUACCAGCCGCUCCUGCCAUUCAAGCCGCUGUGCUUCAGAUGGCCAAUGUAUUUGGUGGAGCAAGCAAGUUUACUUUACCUCAAGAUAUCACAAUGCUCUAAAGCUUCCUCUGCGAAGAGUAGAAAAAUUCUUGUGCAAGUCGGUAAUCUCGGUUUGGUUUCCCUUUCAGGGGUUAACUAUUAUUCAUGAUUUGAACUGGUUGGAGCCCAUGGACCGAACCUCUUUUGAAAUAUAUGGGCUCAAGUACACUUUUGCUGUGUGAAACUAACAGUGAUUGAUACAAAACAUAUGAUUGAUUGGCU